AUGAGUUCAUUCGAAGAAGGAAAAGACCAAGGGGAAAGUUGCAAACUUUCAAACAUGGCAGAAUACGAUCUGAUCCCUCGAAUGAUUCCUUAUUUGGACAGACACCUCGUCUUUCCUUUACUGGAGUUCUUAUCUUUGAAUAAUAUAUAUCCAGAAGAAGACUUACUCCGUGCAAAAUUCGAGCUCUUGAAAGAGACUAAUAUGGUUGAUUUUAUUUCGGGGCUGUAUAAAGACAUUAACAAAACAGAUGAGAUUCCGCAAGAAUUCACCAUCAAAAGGCAAGAAGUUCUCCAAACGCUAGAAAAUCUGCAAACGGAAUCACAAAAAGUUUUGGAUAUCAUAGAAAACCCGGAAGUUAUUGCAGCGCUUCGACAGGAUAAACUGCAGAACUUACACUUUCUUAAAGAGAAGUAUGGGCUCACGGAAGAAAUGGUUAACACACUCUACCAAUCUGGACAAUUCCAAUAUAAUUGUGGAAAUUAUGGAGGUGCAGCAGAUAUGUUGUAUCAUUAUCGUGUGCUGUCAACAGAUCAUGAGCAGAAUCUCUCGGCAUUAUGGGGAAAAUUAGCAUCUGAGAUUCUUGAUAUGAAUUGGGAUAAUGCGUUAGAAGAGCUUCAGAAAUUGCGGGAGACUAUAGAUCAAAAGAAUUUUGCAUCAGCACUCCAUCAACUGCAACAACGUUCCUGGUUCAUCCAUUGGUCAAUCUUUGUAUUCUUCAACCACCCCAAAGGCCGGGACGGUAUCAUCGACGUAUUCUUCCAACCGCAAUAUAUCAACACCAUCCAAACCUCGUGUCCAUGGAUCCUUCGAUAUCUCACAACCGCCGUCGUAACGAACAAACGGCGUAAAAACAUCCUCAAGGAUCUCGUGAAAAUAAUACAACAAGAGAGUUAUGAGUACCGAGAUCCGAUCACCGAGUUUAUCGAAUGUUUGUACGUGAAUUUUGAUUUUGAGGGUGCGCAACACAAGUUGAAAGAGUGUGAAGAGGUGUUGGCGAAUGAUUUCUUUUUGGUGGCUACGAAACUUGAUUUUAUUGAACAUGCGAGGUUCUUGAUUUCUGAGACUUAUUGUCGGAUUCAUUUGAAGAUUGAUAUUAGCGAACUAUCACAAACUCUUAAUUUGGAACAAGAAGAAGGAGAAAAAUGGAUUGUCAAUUUGAUUCGUGAUACUCGCGUUGAUGCAAAGAUUGAUUUCAAAGAAAACACGGUUAUCAUGAACCAAAACCACACCUCAAUCUAUCAACAAGUAAUAGAACGCACCAAAGGUUUAUCAUUCCGUUCGCAAGUUUUAGCAUCUACCAUUGAAAAACGUGAAGCACAUAAUCAGAAUUCAAAUGCAAUUGAAUAA